GACUAGAAGCCAAGUGGGAAACUCAUUCCCUUCACUUCACCCUCUCUUCUCUCCAAUUUAAUACUAUUAUUUAUUUCCACGCAAACAAUUUUCAUUUUCCACCCUCCAUAUAAAUAGAAACCAAUACAACAGCAACAUGAUGGUUUCAGUUUCUUGAGGGUACUAAUAUGAACAGAAUCUCCUCUCAACACCUUUGCCUUGCUGCAGUUCGCAACUGCAACUGCACUCAAAUAUAAAUAUAUAUACAUAUAUAUAUAUAUAUAUAUAUAUAUGUAUUACUUCAUGGUCACACAUAGUUAAGUUUAUUAAUUACUAGGUAGCUGGUUUUGAAUAGGGUAGUUGGUAGUUAUAGUUGUUGUCCCAGAUAUGGAAGAAGCAGGUUUAGGAGAUUGUUGUUCCUCGAAUUCGACGAUUACGAGGAAGAGCGAUAAGCGAAAGCAGCAACACCAACAACAAGAGAAGCCAUACAGAGGAAUAAGGAUGAGGAAGUGGGGCAAGUGGGUGGCGGAGAUUAGAGAACCCAAUAAGCGUUCGAGGAUCUGGCUGGGUUCUUACGCCACCCCCGUCGCCGCCGCACGCGCCUAUGACACCGCCGUCUUCCACCUCCGAGGCCCUUCCGCUCGCCUCAACUUCCCCGAAUUGCUGUCCCAGGACGACGACGUUUCGACCCAACAACAGGGCAACAUGUCCGCCGAUUCAAUUCGCAAAAAAGCCACCCAAGUCGGCGCCAGAGUCGACGCGCUCCAAACCGCGCUUCAGCAAUCCUCGUCCUCACACUCCGCUAAUUCCAGCCACGUCAGCAGCUCUGACAAACCAGACUUGAACGAGUAUCCCAAACCUGAAGAUUAGUAAUUUUCUUCCACCUUCAAGAUUAAUAUUGAUCCACCAAUCACGCGUCCUGAUGUGACAUAUAUAUAGGGCUUCAACUUGCCCUCUUCACCUAUGCUAAUUUGAAGAAGAAGAAAAAAACCUUUUUAUAUUUGUCAUAUGAUUAUAUAUAUAUCUUAGUAGAUAUUUUUCUUCCAGUCUAUUUAUUUUAAUAUUAGAACGUGUAGGAAGAAAUAUACAGACACACCUGAGAAUUGAGAUGAGGCUAAUUAACUUGUUUAUGAGGCGAGUAACUCCUUUAAAUAUAUAUAAAUUAAGGGGUAUAUAUACUAUUACUUGCUCAUCACCACAUGAAGAACAACGUUUGACCUUUAACCAAAUGAGAUCGUGUAAUUCAUGCUGUUGACCUGAUUUUGCUGUUGUUGCUCAUCUCACGAAGAAACUCAUUAUAGUUUUUUUUUUUCUUUCAAUAUGUGUAUGUUAGCUGGAGUCGUGGACUGGUAGCUACGUAGGUUCUCGCUAUGAUGGGGGGCAUAUCAUGUGGUCUUUUCUCAGGUCGGUGGUGUGUUGUAAUUUGUAACGAGAUAUCCGUUACACAAUCGGAUCAAAUUAACCGUGUUUUGUUGUUUUAGAUUAAUUUUUUUCUAUGUUCUGAUGAA